CUCCAUCCCCUCCCCCUCCCCUCCCAACCCGCCCCAUCUAGCAGAACUUAUCCGGCUCAACGUUACUCUUCUAAAAGGGGAAAAAACCAUGGAUCUCCUUAAUCAGCAACAGGAUCGCGUGGUCCGAGCGCUAGAACAAACAUUUGAAAAGUUGAAAAGUGGAAGGGAGCUGCGAGCACUCAAGGCUAAAGAAUACCAUUGUCAAGCCCGCUGCUAUGAAAAUGAGCGAAUAGCAGACGAUCAGCUUGAGCACUGUGCUAAUAACUGCUCUAUGCCUGUGGCAAGGUUUAUUAAUUUUGUUAACAAAGAGUACAGUGGAGUUGUUGAACGAACCAAUCGUUGUGGACUGCAAUGUUUGGAUGCAGAGAAAGACAGAAUGGGAUCCAAGUUUGAAGAGUCACAAAACAUUAGUUUUUCCAAGGAGUUCCAGAGUUGUGUAACUCGUUGUAUAGACGACUGCCUCAAUAUUCACAUGCCCAAGACUCAGAAAGAAGUUCAAAGGGAGCUCGCUUCUGUGAGAAUCGACUAGCGAAUAAUAUUAAGCAAACACUUACACAAUAUACAUCUAGUUAAAAUACAAAUUGUUAUAGUA